AUGGUGGUGGAUCGUGAGUGUGUGUGUGGUGACAUGAUGCUGGGCGGCAUGGACAGUAAAGAAUACGGCGCCCUGCAUGCAGCAGCCGCCGCUGCAGGAUAUGCUAUGGAUGCCGAUCCAAAUGCAACAGCAAUGGGCAACACAGGAAUGGGGUCCGCUGGGGGCCAGCAGUACGGUGAGGUGAACCAGCUGGGGGGCGUUUUUGUUAACGGACGACCUUUACCUAACGCGGUUCGCCUUAGGAUUGUAGAACUUGCUCAGUUAGGGAUCAGGCCGUGUGAUAUAAGCCGACAGUUGCGAGUUUCUCACGGAUGUGUGUCAAAGAUCCUAGCUCGGUACCACGAGACUGGCUCCAUCUUGCCUGGGGCUAUUGGGGGCUCCAAACCUCGAGUUACGACACCAAAGGUGGUGUCUUACAUAAAGCAGUUAAAAGCCAAAGACCCAGGAAUAUUCGCUUGGGAGAUUAGGGACAGAUUACUUGCGGAUGGAGUGUGUGAUAAAUACAACGUGCCUUCCGUCUCCAGUAUUAGCCGGAUCUUAAGAAACAAACUCGGGGGUGCCCUAUACCCCGUCCCACCUCUCUAUCCGGUGCCCCCACAGAGAUGCUGGCCUUUGCAUCAGCCUUACGACUAUUAUAUGUACCUACAAGGUCGUCAACAUGCGACAGGCGCGCCGCAUGGCCUACCCCAUCCCCACCAGCCGACGGGGCCGCACGCGCAUGCCCACGCCAUAUGA